CCCAUUACUGAACCUGAAAAUGGAGCUCUGUGCUGUCGCAAAGUCCAACUCUCUUGUCCAUCUCUUCUUCGAACAGCUGAGCUCCGACAAGAACCCUGACACCUUGCGUCUGCCUCUUCUUGCUUUGAUUUGAGGAGCUCAUCUCCAGAUCGGUCUAAAAAUGGCUGCGAUGAAGAUGGAUUCCUUGGAGCUUGAGGCGAUGCGCAAGGAAGAUGGCUCAUGGCACCCUUGUCGUAUCUUCCAAAGUUCUGGUGAUCCCAGUGUUGGUAUUAUAGUGGAUUUUGGAAAUGAUGAGGAGGAUGUAAUAAGCAAUAAAGAAGAAGCUUUAUCACGUUUGCGUUUUCGUUCAACUCCGCUAGAGGGCGAUGAAUGUACUAAUAUCAAUGGAGGUGAACGCGUUCUUGCUUUGCAGAAAACUAAAUCUAAGAGCUUGUUCAUUGAUGCUUCUAUAGAGGAGCCAAAGAGAGUGAAACACUCAAGGCGGGUCCACUGCAGAUGUACAUUUGAAAUAAAAUGGCUUAAUUCUGAGCUAAAAGGGGAAACUGUAACUGUUCCAUCUAUGUCGAUUCUAAAAUUGUCUGACAGAAGCAUUGAUGAGCAUCCAGUCAUUUCCGGAUUCUUGAAUCUUUUGAAUUCUGAGAAGGUGGGUGAGACUGCUUCAGUCAUUUCUUUUUCAGAAGAAAGUUCCGGUGAAGCAGAAUUUAUUGGAAUAUUGGAGAAACAAGUGGAGGAGAUCAGUAAGUUGGUCGAUGGAUCAAAAGCGUCUUUUGCAGAUUUGUUUCUGGAGGUGAAAAGUGGUACAGUGAACGUUGUCAAACAGAAAUCCAAAACCAAACCGGGUGCUUCUCAAAGAACCACUAGAAGUCGGAGCAAAAAUCUGUCUGAAACACAAGUUGAGAAGGAAGCAGAAGAAAAAAAGGAAAAAGAAGUAGAAAAAGAAACAAAAGUUAAGCCAGUUCUUACUCCCCUUGCAGCCAGAGCAGCUUUGGCCUCGCUGGUGCAUGAACUGCCUGUGAAACCGUUAGGCUUCUCAGGGGAGCAGGACUUUCUCAAGCGCAAGGAUUCACAGCAGAGUGAUACCACUGGGACUACUGAACAUUCCACCAUAGAGGCUACGUCCAAUUCUGUUAAAUCAAAUUUCCAUGUACAGAAUAAAGUAUUAUUAUGUCCAAAUCCAUCUAAAAGGACUACUAAUAACACUAAUAUACAAGUCAAGAAAUCGCCAGACCGAUGGAGAACUGAGGGGAAGCUCAAACCCCAUGGUUCCCAAGAAAUGCCUUCUAGAGGGUCUUCUGGUGGCAUUGAAGACGAACCUAUUGUCCUGCAAAAUUCAAGAAGUUCAGUAAAUGCUGAGAACUCUACCAGCUCAAGGAGGCUAACCCGUUCAAUGCAGAAAGAAUCAGAGGUUUCUUCCCUCCACUUAAAGCCAAAAAGAUCAGCACAUUCUGCUGUUUCUAAAGAAGUUUCGGUUUCAAAUGAUGUUGACAAAGCACCAAUUUCAAAAUCUCCUAGUUUGGAUCCCCAAGAUAUACUUGCUUCUUCUGAUGGUGUGGAGGGUGGAGCUUUAACUAAGAAAUUGUCCAGUGCCACAAAUGGGGUAGGCUGCACAAAAUCUACAAAACAGAAAAAGAAGAGCAAUUCCAACAAUAAUAUAUCACCGGGAAACAAUGCACCAACUGCAGAUACAGGAAAUAAGGCCAAAGAACUUGUCACACCUGAUAAUAUUGAAAUAAAGAAAAAGAGAUUAAUUUUUGAUCGUGUUGAUUCGACAUCUGAAACAGAUUCAAUUGCUGAGAGAAAUGAACCAACAACGAAGAGGAUGACAAGAUCAUCCUUUAAAGCUCGGGUGCUAGCAUGAAAGAGGAGGAAAGCAUCCCAGCACUAAAAAUUCUCGUGUUUCUUCGCAGGAGUUUAUAAACCUGCCAUUGCAAUCAUCACCAAGGCUUUUGUGUCCUCCUAAGGCUCUCUUGCAGGCUAGAAGCUGACCACAUUUCGGAGCCAAUAGAUGUUGGGAGGGUUAUUAUGCUUACAGUGGACUUUAUUAAGUAAGUAUAUUACGUCUAUUUUGAUGUGGUUCUGAGGAGAUUAGUUAUGCUAUCAAAUAUUCCUAAGAUGCUUUUGGAUUUUCUAUCCUGGUUAAUACUUUAGAGAUGAGAAUCAACAUUCCCGCCGUUGUGCUUUCUGAAUCAGUUUAAUUAGGUUUCCUAUCGCGAUUGAUCCAUUCAACUUUUGAAUGAUUGGUGAGCUAACUUUGUCAAUUUGCUAA